GCCUCCCCGGCCCCUGACCAUGUCUCUUCUGUUCCAGCAACAAACCCCUGAUGAUUAUCCACCACUUGGACGACUGCCCGCACAGCCAAGCCCUCAAAAAGGUCUUUGCUGAACAUAAAGACAUACAGAAAUUGGCUGAAAAAUUCAUUCUCCUGAACCUUGUGUAUGAAACCACAGACAAGAAUCUUUCACCUGAUGGCCAGUACGUCCCUCGGAUUUUGUUCAUAGAUCCUUCCCUGACUGUGAGAGCAGAUAUUACUGGAAGAUACUCAAACCGUCUCUAUGCAUAUGAGCCCUCUGACAUUUCAUUGUUGUAUUCAAACAUGCAGAAAGCGCUGAAGCUCCUGAAGACUGAACUGUAAGGGGAAGAAGGAAUCCCUUAAAUACUAUGAAGUCUGAUCUUCCAUCUCUUCUCCACUCAUUGACACUGGUGAAGAGACUAUUUAGAGUGAUAUUUAGUGACGUAUAGUGCUGGUUUAUAUACAUAAACACUACAGUUUUACAUUAGCACUUUUGUACUGGGCAGCAUUUUUAAAAGCUGGAGGCUUUUAAUUUAAGACGUACAGAAGAAUACUGUAUGAUCCAACUGUAAAAAUGAUUUUUUUAAAAAAUAAAUCCAUUUAAAGUGUUUACAUACAAAA